AUGUUAAACGCGACCGGAGGGCCAUUUAAGACACAGGCUUUAUUUGUUUUGGCCUACGGUCGCAUGGCCGGGAGAGCGCGCGAACGCCCACAACCCACCCCCCCUCCGCGUCUCCUCCACGCUCCCCCUCCAAGUAUCAGCAUCAUCACCGACUGCAGCCCGGCCGGGACGCGAGCGGUCUUUGAUGUCGCUGCUGCCAUGACUGAUCUGAUCGCUUUGGACCAAUCAGACACAGACCAUGACUGA